UGUAAUAUAAACACACAUACCAAAGGAGAAAAGUUCACACUCACAAGCAACCACCUCAAGUUCUCUCUACCAUACAAAAAAAAAAAGGAGCAAAACAUAAAAUAAAACCAAAACCUCAGAGAUUCGAUCUUCAGCUCCCAACGCCGGCAGAGAUCGUAUGGCGGGACAGUCGCGAAAAUGGAUGAUUCUGGUGGCGACGAUUUGGAUUCAGGCUUUCACCGGGACGAACUUCGAUUUCUCGGCUUACUCUUCACAACUUAAAUCAGUUCUGGGGAUUUCUCAGGUGCAGUUGAACUACCUCGCCGUCGCAUCCGAUCUCGGGAAGGUUUUCGGGUGGUCGUCGGGGCUUGCGCUGAUGUAUUUUCCGAUUUGGACGGUGCUUUUCGCGGCGGCGUUUAUGGGGUUCGUCGGUUAUGGAGUACAGUGGCUAGUCAUAACUAACUUCAUCUCUUUGCCUUAUAUUAUGGUGUUUCUCUGUUGCUUACUUGCUGGUCUAAGCAUUUGCUGGUUCAACACAGUCUGCUUUGUCCUCUGCAUCAGUAACUUCCCUGCAAACAGAUCACUUGCUCUUUCCCUCACCGUCAGCUUCAACGGUGUAAGUGCUGCUCUAUACACUCUCGCUUACAACGCAAUCAAUCCAACCUCUCCAGAGCUCUACCUUCUCUUAAACGCUCUCAUCCCUCUUGUCAUCUCUUUCACUGCCAUCAUCCCGAUUCUUCGCCAACCGCCUUUUGAGCCUCUUCCACCUGAUGGAGUUCGCCGUGACUCUCUCAUGUUUCUGUUACUCAACAUUCUCGCUGCUUUAAACGGCGUUUACCUCCUUCUCUUUGAGUCAAACUCCUCUGAUAUAACCUCUGCUCGUCUCCUCUUUGGUGGAGCAAUCCUUCUCUUAAUCCUCCCUUUAUGCAUUCCUGGUUUAGUCAUCGCUCGGAACUGGUACCAUCGCACAAUCCACACCAGUUUCCGCCUCGAAGGUUCCGGUUUCAUUCUUGUUGAUCCUGAUGAGCUUGAGUUGCAUAAAGGGAUGCUUGCACAUGAAGCCAAUAGAGAAAGCUACCAGUUGCUGAACGAUGAUGUUGUGUCAAACCCGGUUAAGACUAUAGCUGUGGAGGAAGGUGAUGCUGAUGAGUCUUGUUGUUGCAAGAAGCUUAUCACAAGAGGUCAGCUUGAGCUAUUGGGAAUUGAACAUUCUUUGUGGCAGCUCCUAGGCAGAGCAGACUUCUGGUUCUACUAUAUUGCGUACUUCUGCGGUGGAACCAUUGGACUUGUGUACAGCAACAACCUCGGACAGAUUGCUCAGUCUUUAGGACAAAGCUCAAACACCACAACUCUUGUCACACUUUAUUCAUCUUUCUCGUUCUUUGGAAGGUUACUCUCUGCAACACCGGACUAUAUCCGAGCGAAGGUUUAUUUUGCAAGAACUGGGUGGCUAGCAAUCGCGUUACUACCAACACCAAUCGCGCUUUUCUUGCUAGCAUCAUCAGGAACCGCGUCAGCAUUACAAGUGGGAACAGCUCUGAUGGGUCUAAGCUCAGGAUUCAUCUUCGCAGCAGCGGUUUCAAUCACAUCAGAGCUUUUUGGACCGAACAGUGUUGGAGUUAACCACAAUAUCUUGAUCACAAACAUACCUAUAGGAUCAUUGAUCUACGGUUUCUUGGCUGCAUUAGUCUAUGACUCCCAUGGUUUAAGCGGGAUCAAAUCUAUUACCGACUCUGUCGUGUGUAUGGGACGAGGUUGCUAUUACUUGACGUUUGUCUGGUGGGGAUGCUUGUCGGUACUUGGACUAGGUUCAAGUCUUGUCCUGUUUAUAAGAACUAGAAAAGCUUAUCAACGGUUUGAACAAGCUCGGAUAAGUUCAAACAAUGAUUCAUAGAAACUUGUCUCAGUCCCCAAUGACUUGUGUGUAUAUCCUUAUAAUGUAGGAUCUAGCUAUUAAUGGACUGUUAUAGAUUUUUAUAUUACCAAAGAUUCACUUUCCCAUAAAAGUAGUUACUACUUUAGGGGUAUAUACAAAACCUCUCAUCUUUUAUACAAAGAAAAAGCUUCUCAUAAGCCAAAGCCAUCUUACUUGCUGUGAACAUCUCCGCCG